AUGUCUUCGCUUUCCCUUCUAUUUUUGCCGAGAAGCCGCAAAGUCGAAUUUUAUGUUGACAUUACAGUGCAUGAACUGGUCAAUGUUCCACUAGUUACAGGUAACUAUUACGUUAAAUGGCGUUUACAACACGGUGAGAAGAAGUCCGGGUCGAGUAAACGAGCUCAACAUAGCGUACGUGAUCACAGUGUAGUAUGGAAUUAUCAGUUUGAGACAAUCGUUCAGCUCGUUAUUGGUAGGGAUGGUUACCUUAUGCCCUGUGAACUCAAGUUAAGCAUAAAGCAGGAAUUGAACGGCGGUAAAGAGGUAAACAAUGUUGGGAUUUUAACGUUGAAUCUCGCUGAAUAUGUCGGAUGUAAUAAAUUGGAACGACGGUAUCUGUUGCAAGACAGUAAAAUAAACUCAAAUUUAAAGCUAAAUAUAACAAUGAAGCAAAAGCAUACAGGAGAUGUUGCUUAUAAAGUACCUCCACUUAAGAAAGCUCACAUAUUCGGAGGCAUUACUGGCAUAAUAUCAGAACGAAAAGAGUUACAGGAUGACGAGAGAUCAAUUCUUGGGUAUCGAAGCAUGUCAGUACUAGCACCACAUCGCAUGUCACGAUCUAGGUCAACUCCUUCACUGAGAUCAUCUUAUUUAGCACAAGAAUCAAGAACGUCGUCGCCGGCAGUCAGCAGACUUCGAGAUAUGGAAGAUUUGUCGGCUGUAGAUGUGAUCGAGGAAAUAUUUAUGGGAAAUGCUAUAAUUGACGAUGAAUCAAGUGAUGCCAAUACAGUUUAUUCUGCUGUGUGA